AUGGACAAAAAACGUUGCCUGUCAUUUCAGUCAGCAAGGAACAUUGCCGGCCACCAACCACUGCAGCCACCCCCAGUGGUGAACUCUGAGCGGAGUUCACGCUGGAGAGCAGCAGGACCCUGGCCCCCGAGAGAGAAGAUGCACAUCAAAGGAAAGAAAGGAGAAGAACUCGCAGGGGUGGUCUGCAAUGAGCAUGUGGGAAAGGUAUUUUCUCAACAUGUAGCUAUGAGUUUGCAACAUAAUAUCCCCAGAGAAGACGCAGAGCAGGAGAAAGAAGAGGAGGAAAUGGCAGCUUCUCAGGGACGGCUAAGGUUCCAGGAUGUGGCCAUAGAUUUCACUCUAGAGGAGUGGGAAUGCCUGGACCUCAGUCAGCGGGACUUGUACAGGGACGUGAUGUUAGAGAACUACGGGAACGUGGCCUCCUUGGGUCUCGUAGUCUCUAAGCCAGACCUGGUCACCUUUCUGGAGAAAAUGAAGGAUCCUCAGGAUGUAAGGAGAAUGGAGACAACAGCAAUACACCCAGAUUUGGCGUCCUUUCGCCCAGCUGUGAGCCGAUUGUCCUUGAUUUCCUCAGUUUUGCAAGGCAUGGCAGCCAUGCGUGGUGGUUGCACGGGGAACAGCCGGAGAGAAUCACUUGGAGCACCCCGGAAAGUUUCUGAUCUGUCUUCAGAUCUUACUCGACAGCAGAGGAUUCAGAAUCCACGGAAAGAUAACAAGUGUAAUGUAUGUGGCAAAGCCUUUAACUGUAGCUCAAGUCUCACUCGACAUCAGCGAGUUCAUACUGAAGAGAAGCCUUAUAAAUGUACAAAGUGUGGCAAAGCCUUUAAACAGAGCUCAAGUCUUAAUCAUCACCAGCGACUUCGUACUGGGAAGUCCGACCAAUUUAAUAACUGCAGUGAAGUCAUUACUGGCUGCUCAAGUCUUAUUGAACAUCAGGUAAUUCAUACUAGAGAAAAGCCUUAUAAAUGUAAAGAUUGUGGCAAAGGAUUUAUCAAAAUUACGAGCCUUACUCCACAUCGCCGAAUCCAUACUGGAGAGAAACCUUAUAAAUGUCACAUCAUGUAA